AAAAAAUAUUAGUCCUAUCAUCUUUCUCUUUUUGCUGCGUUCAUCUUUUACCCAAAAUACAUAAAUAUACCAAAUGGCAAAUUGUUAGCUCUCCCCAGUUUGUCCAUGACCAAAGAAAUACACACGCACAUAUGCAUACAGUUACACAGAGCCCACUUGGCUUUUAAUAUAUAGAUUCAGUUCCUAAACAUAUACAUUUGUUUUAGAGGGUGAACUGAGAUUCUGUGAUCGUCCGGAUUUUAAGAUGUCUCAAGAAGUUAAGAAUGAAUUUUUAAUUUAUUUUAUUUUAUUUUUUUGUGGACAGAUGGUCUUUAGCACAGCACAGUGGCUUAGUGGUUAGCACUGUUGCCUCACAGUGAGAAGGUCAUGGGAUCGAUUCCCACCUGUGGCCUUUCUGUGUGGAGUUUACAUGUUCUUCCUAUGUGUGCUUGGGUUCUCUUCGGGUGCUUCGGUUUCCUCCCACGUCCAAAGACAUGCGGGUUAGGUGGAUUGGAAACUAAAUUGUCCGUAGGUGUGCUUGUGGGUGUGUCUGUGUUUGUUUGUCUGUAUGCAGCCCUGCGACAGACUGGCGACCUGUCCAGGGUGUAGACUCCAGCUCCCCGCAACUCGAUCUUGGAUAAGUGAUUGAAGAUGAGUGAAAUAUUUCUUCUUAUGCUAUGGACAUCAUUACCAGUAAGAAGGAUGUGCCUGUUGGAGAAGAGAUCUUACUGCUGUGCAAAACUGGGAAAGAAGGAGACGUAACAUGGCAGAAGGACAAUGAGGACGUAGAAGAAGAGAAGGUGACAAAGAUGGAUGAAAUCUCCUCCAAACUGUUGAUCAGGAAGGCGACGCUGCAGGACAGCGGCAGAUACACGUGUGUGUGUGACUUUGACAGCGGAAGCCGCAGUGAAGUUUCUGUCCAGCUGUAUGUUCAUGAUGGCCCAACAUUCCAAGAUACCGUUACGUACCAUGAGUUCAUCGAGGGCUCGGAUGCAGUGGUGCCGUGCCUCGUGUCCGGAAAGCCAGCACUUGAAAUUCAAUGGUUAAGAGAUCAGAAGGUGGUCCCUCUCUAUGCUUCCUCAAGUGGGAUGCGUGUGUACCAGAUGGCUGAUAACACACUCCGCAUUGGACAAAUCAACAGAGAGGAUGCUGGGACAUACGUGUGUCAAGCCAAGAUCAAAGGGAGGCCUGUUUCUAAGAAGCGAAACAUCUCUGUUGUUGUCAACGCUCCUCCCUCCGUGCGCGGAAAAGAGCUGGAGAAUAAUGUGAUUGCCGGGCCAGAAGCCAACGUGUCUUUGGUGUGUUUGGUGGAUGGAAUACCAAAACCCAACAUCACGUGGACCAUGCCGGCGCCGUUUGACCCCUCACACCAUCAGUUCAACUCAGACCGCAGCCAGCUGACCAUACGGGCCGUUACCAGGGGCGACGACGGAAACUACAUCUGUACAGCCACCAAUAAGAUAGCUGAGAACAGCGCCACCAUCAUGCUGAAUGUCUUUGAGGCCCCGGUGGUGUUCCUGGCAGCAGAGCAGCUGAGCGUAUCACUGGGAGAGAACGUGUCUGUUUCUUGUAACGUUACUGGACAUCCUCAGCCUGAGCGGCACUGGUUCAACAAGCUGAAAGCAUGCUCUCUGGGCUCCUCUGGUCGUGUUCGUGCUGAGGAGGGUGUGCUGCUGAUUGAAGAGGUGCUGCCCUCUGAUGGCGGAAUGUAUUCUUGCAUGGCUGUCAGCACCUCUGGAAAUGCAUCAAGAGAUGUUGCCAUAUACACUCAGCCUGGCCAGGUGCAAGACCUGUCUGUCACUGCUGGACCAUCCUCAGUCCUCUUCUCCCUCAAAAGCUUACCCAUCAGUGGGGGAACAGCAGUAACCAGUUUUGCCAUGCAGUGGAGGCAGAGGCAAACUGAUAAAUGGGAGGAGAUGAUGGUUCCGGCUUCAGAUCCUCUCUCCAUCACAUCCCUGAAGCCCUACACGUCGUACACAGUGCGUCUGGCAGCUUUGAACUCUGUGGGAUUGGGGAAGUUCUCAGACAUGUGCACGGUGCGCACACUGGCAAUACGAGGUGAACCAGACAGUCCAGUUUUGUCACUCGAGAAGAUGAAAGUAGAAGGAAACUCUGUCUCUGUUCCUUUCAAACAAACUGAUAUUGGUGACGCUCCACUGCUACACUUAAAUGUUCGAUACAAAGAGGACAAUGCAGAUGCUGAGUGGAAAGAGCAGCAGGUGUCCUCAGACGCUGACUCUGUCUUUCUCCCGGAUCUGUCCUUCGGCUCAGACUAUCAACUGGAGCUCAUAGCCGUCAACGUUAAUGGGUCCUCUGUCCCUGCCAAGUUCAACUUUACCGUCCCACCGCAGCCUGUCAAAGAGAACAGCCUAGCUAUGACUAAAGGCGGUGUGGUUGGCAUCGUCAUGGUCAUCUUCCUCCUGGUCUUCCUAGCCGUAGAUGCCACCUGUUGCUACAAGAACCGCUGCGGCCUGCUCAUGUUCAUCGGUGUGAAACUCUUCGGGCAGAAAGUCCCGGGACUCAAAACGCUUGAAGAAGUAGAUAGAACCUCUAAUGGAGAAGUGAAGCUCAAAGGUGUUUCCACUCCGAGAAGCAGCUUCCAACAUGAAGGGGUUCAGACGCAGACAAAGGGCCAGCUUACCGAGGUUACCUGCGACAAAGCCCCCCUCACCAAACACGAGAAAGCCCCGCCCAAUACAGACCUGUCCUCUGAAGCGUGACGCCAGCAGCUUUCAGAAACAAGAUGAACCAACAAGCCACCAUGCAUCGAAAACACCAGCCAGCGUAGCUCUUAACCACCGACUCAGAACAUACGAGCUGAAAGAAAAUGACGUUUGAUGUCUUAACCUCGACGAGUCGUAGCGAGUAUAUAGACAGAAGGUUAUAUGAUUUUUGUUGUCUUUUUGUUGAUCCACCUGCUCUGAUUUCCAAAUGCUACACAACAGACUUUUCUUUGUGUAGAAACGGCUACAGGGUAAUCUUACAGUCUGUGCAGGACAAGGUAUAGAUGAUACUUUUGUCUGUUUUUGAGGAAACACAGUAAAUGUUUACUGACUGCGUGUUGAAUGUGGUACACAGACACAAGAUCUUUUUUUUUUUAAUUGUUCACUUUGUUGAAGUUAUCUUGAGUGAGACAACUUUGUAAAACCUGAUAACUUAGUCCAGCUCGUAUACUACCAAACCGUAUUUGGUCCUGGCAACCACCCAGGCAGAUAUCCAGUCCAUCCCGACCUCUUGAAAGUAGCCAUCUAUCUGUCACCAGCAGGUAAAAUGUGGAUGUCUCCUUGGGUUUUUCCCAGUUGUUGGUGUCCUCAACACUGAGGCGCCUACGUAUUGGAUUAUACCCAGAAAACUGCACCACAUGGCCAGAAUUUCGUAAGUGGUGUUCCCUUGCAAUCCAAGGAAUACUCCUCAUUUGGGUCUCCCAAACCAAGUCCUUUGACACUAAGUCAUUCCGGCACUACCCAAGGAUUCUCCAAAGACACUUGGCAUCAAUGACAUCCACUCAUCGUCUCAAGUCAUUGGUUCGCAUCCAAGUCCCAUGACCGUACAGCAAAACAGAAAGCACCAUGAACCCUGAAGACUUUGACCAUUGUUCCACAAACACCUCUGUCCAAGGACCCUUGUGACUCCAUAUGUACCUGGGAAGACCCACUUGUGGAUGUCAAAGGCUGAGAUACAAGUGAGGCUUCCUACAAAUUUGGUGUUUUAACCACAAACUGAUAGUCAAAAACGACAAUGAAACCUGGAUCUUGGUCUUAAUCCAGGACAAACACAAACCCAAACACUCCGGCUCCUCAUUCAGCCUUGUAAGAGCUGCAAUCAUGGCAUUCUGAGGCACAUGUUUACCUCAAACCUGAUUACCUCUUAACUCAAAAAAUUUCAAGCAUCAGCAAUUAUUUUAGAGUAAAACAAAUUUGAUUGAUUGGUGCUAAAUAAUAUUUUCAAAUACGGUCCAUCCGGAAAGUAUUCACAGUGCUUCACUUUUUCACAUUUUGUUAGUUAUUCCAAAAUGGAGAAAAUUAAUUUUUCCCCUCAAAAUUCUACUCACAACACCCCAUAAUGACAAUAUGAAAAAAGU